AUGCAACAAGUUCAAGCGCUUGUGGAUCAAUUCAAAAAAGCUUCCGAAGAGUACAACCAUGGACUUGUGGCCUACCAGGCCAAUAAUUUUGAGAAGGCUGUAACAAGUUUGGAGCAAGCCAAAACACUCUUUCAGACUGUUCUCAAUACUCCCAUUCCCGAGAAGUAUGCCGAUAAAUUUAAAGUAGCAUCGGAUCAUCUGGUCAAAACGUUUGAAUUAUUACUGAGAGCACAAUAUAAACUUCCGGAUGCGCAAUUUGUAGAAAUACAAAAAGGAUUUAUCAAACUCAUUCGACAACAUGUACAAAGUGGAGCCUUUAACGAACAGAAAUUACAGUUUUUAUUUCAGAGUUAUAUCAGCUGUAAAUUGAAAGCACACAAAGCUCCACAACAACAACAACCAAUAUAUUCCAUUUUGGAAGCCAUUGAUUCAUUUGAGAAUAGGCAUUUGGCCUUUCUGAAGAUGGAAUUACAGGCCAUUGAAGAAUUAAACUGCCAAGAUGUACUCUUCAAAGAGAAUAUUCUGGUAUUGCAACGAUUGUGCGAAGUUUUAGAGAAGAAGGAUCCAAGAUCUAGUGACAUUUACCUCUACAAAACAAAGAGAAUUCUUGCAUACUUACAUUCAUACUAUGGAUCUCAGCCAGUGUCGGAUUCUCAAAUUACUAAGGAAUUGGAAGAGGUGACUUCUCUUCUUUCAAAACAUCAUACAACAUUAUCAGUUACAGAUCCUCUCGUUUCAUCCAUCAUUCCAUUCGUUGUCAAUCUAGUCACGACAUUUGUAUCAUGCAUGCGAUAUCUUGAAAAACAACCAUCCAAUAUUGAUGAGCUUCUCUCCGUGAACACCAGUAAUGAUACACUUUCUAUGAAGAAUAAGGAUGUUUUUUGCAAAAUUUUGAAAGGAGUCUUCUCAGGGAAUCUUGAGACGAUGAAUUCCAUGCUCAACUCACUAACAGUUAAUCUUUACUUUGUUGAUUUAAUGUCCGUAUUCAACAAGAGAGAUGUUUUGUACAUAACUUAUUUAUUAAUAUCCAUGAUACGUUUCUGCACACUCUAUGGAUUUGAUGAAACAGUUCUACAUGUGAGAAAAUUAUUUAUGAAACCACUUCCAUCCAAUGCAGAUGCUGAUAUUGUCAAGCAAUACAACAGCAUUAUUAACAUUUUGAAUGAUCAUACUCUCCAUAUGAAUGACCAACAAUCCAUUGUGAAAGAAAAGCUUGAUGUUUUUCAAGAUUUUGAUUUCAAACGACGAUUCAAUUGUAAAUAUAACGACUGUUAUGUCAAGUUAGCGAAUGAAAUUUCAGACAAGAUGGCACAACAUUCUCAAGACGACAUUAAUUCUCUAUCAAAAUUUCACUAUACACACUGUAAAAUAGCAAUGAAAUAUGAUAUCCAAACUGCCUAUCAAAGUCUCAUUAAAAGUAUGAGAUAUCGAGGCAUGCUAGAAAAAGAAAAGAGAGCAGAAUCAAAGCUGAUCGAUUUCAUAACGAAGAAGUCUACAAAGAGUGAGCUAAAGGCUUCAUUUUCGAUCGCUCAACAUUUCGAACACACGCAUGAUUUUGACGAUGUUGAAACAUUGGUCUCCCUUGUGAAGUCACUCACUAAUGAUCCAAAGCAAUCAAAGAAUGCAAUUGUUACCAAGUUUGCUAAAGAGUUUGUACUCUUGGAGAGUACCAUGCUCAUCAUGCAAAAUAAGGAUGAAGAAGCAGAGUCCUUACUUUACAAUUCAGAAACUUUGAAAAACGACAUUGGUCUCGAGUUACAAAAGGUCAUUCUUCUUUUGAAACGAAAUGAUGAACAAGCUGCCAAAUCAAUAUUGCAGAAACUCUCCAAGAUGGUAGAGACGGAUCAGACACGUGAGGAAACUCUGUGGGUGAAAUAUUAUUGUAAUGCUCUCAGCAAUAACCAGAGUUUGAAUUACGAGUUUCGAUCUAACUUUGGUUUGGCAUGGAAUGAUGUGCCAAUACCUCUCAAGAAGAGAAUUCUUUCUCACAUGCGCUCUGAUCAUUUACGAAAUGUGAAUGAGGAACGAGAAUUUGCAUUCUUGUCCUCCAUGUCGAUGGGUAUUCGGUUGAAACAUACAUUGCAAGAUUUACUCGAUUUCUUUAACACUCCUAACAAUGCAACUUCACCAACAAGUUCUGGAAGCCAAGAUGACACCAAUGACAGUAAUAGGGGUGUAGAAAAGAUGAUGAGAAGACUUUCUAUUGCCAAUGAAGAGCUUCAAUUCUCCUUCAUGAUGGAUCUCAAAGAUUUGACAACAAAGAAAACUUUUAUGGAUAAUUUGAUUUCCAUACUGCCCAGCAAUAUAUCUGUGUGCAAUAUUUGCAUUUCUGAUGACUAUUCAUAUCUUGUAAUCACAGUAAUGAACAAUCAUAGAAGUGACGAAGAUUGUAUCGUGCUACCCAUAUCUUUGACGAGAAGUGAAGAUUCAAACACGAAACUCAACAGAUUAUUCAGUGAAUCUAGCAUCAAACAAACACAGUUACAAUAUCACAAAUCCUCUAACUCUGACACUCAUUUAACCUCAAGUAGUAUGAGUUCGUACUCUAAUUGGCAAUCCUAUCAAGCAUUGUUUGGAAAGGACAACAAUAUUUUACACAAGAUGCUACUUUCGUUUGAUCAUUUACAAAUUUUAAGCAAAGAAUCUUUUACCAUCACAGAUAAAUCAUUGUGGUGGAAGACGAGAAAAGAACUAGAUGAAAAACUAACCAAACUUUGCGAAUAUGUCGAAGAUCUUUUAUUUGGACCUGUGAAGCUGUUGCUAAUCCCUCGUCUAAUGAACGAAUUUGAUGAAACACUUGAAGAACGAUGUGACACAUUUAUCAAUAGAUUGAAAGAAAUCACAAAUGGUUUGGAUAUUACCUUCGACGUACGAAUUGCCAAGCUCAUGCUCAAGUCUUUCAGUGCUUUCAGAGAAGAAAACGACCUUGUUGAAAGUAUUCGAUAUUUCAUACUAGGAGACGCUACAGAAUACGAUGAAUCCAUCAUGUCAGAAAUUCAAACCUUGUUUUGCAAUACCUUUAUUCAAGCGUUCACUGACAAUGAAAAGAGAAUGGCAAGUAAGGAGGCCAUGUUCCGUCAUUGCAAACGAAUAGAGUCACAAAAAAUCAAGAGAAAGCAUAUUGUCUUUUGUUUAGACAAAUUAAUUCAACAACUACCAGUAGAAACAAUGCCAACCAUUAAGAAUUAUCCAUCUUCAAGAAUGCCAAGUUUACUGCUUCUGUAUUAUCAUCUCAAUCGAAUGACAGAAAUUAAUGGUGAAGUCAAGAAAAACAAUAUUUAUUACUUACUCAAUCCGAGUGGAGAUUUGUCAUCUUCUGAGGAGAGAUUCAAACCAUUAUUUGAACAACAACAGAACUGGAAGGGAAUUAUUGGUAAAAGUCCAGCCACAGAGGAAGAUUUUUAUCAAGCUCUUUUGGACAAUGAUUUACUUGUUUAUAUUGGACACGGUACAGGAGAGCGAUAUUAUAAUCCACACAAAAUACGAAAGCUGUCCAGAUGUUGUCCAAUUCUCUUGAUGGGAUGUAGUAGUGGAAGACUGAAAGAAUAUGGAAAUUAUGAACCAAAUGGAACAGUGUUGAGUUUUCUUCUUGCAGGAUCGCCGUUUGUCAUUGCCAAUUUGUGGGAUGUGACAGACAAGGAUAUUGACCGAUUGACUGAAUUCAUGUUGGAAAAGUGGUUGUGCAACAAUACCCAAAAUCAGUCCGUUUGUGAAGUGUUGUCAAAAGCGAGGGACACUUGUUUGUUACCAAGCUUGAUUGGAGCUGCUACUGUGUGUUAUGGAUUACCAGAUUUGUUAAUAAACUAA